AUGUCUGCUAUUCAAUGCUGUGGGUUCAGGAAAUGGAAAAAUGGAGGACCCAUCUCCUCAAGAAACUCCCAAAGAAAGAUUAUUAUGGAGAUUCAAUUGAAGAAGUUGUUGGAAUAUGACCUACGGACCAACAUUGGCCUCGCUUUUCCUAGUCUUCAAGUACUUCUCUUGGGAGGGAAUAGAUUCACAGGAGUCAUCCCAAAUACUUUGUCGAAUGUGUCAAACCUUCAGAAACUCGACAUACCAUUCAACAAUUUCACUGGAAAUCCCAUGAGUUUUGGAAACCUGCAGACCUUGUUUUCCCUCAAUGUUCCUGAAAAUCUACUAGGAAGUGGUGCAGUUGAUGAUUUAAACUCCCUCAGUUCUUUGGCCAAUUGCAGCAAGCUAGAAUUCCUAGAUUUCAGCCACAACCUGUUUGGAGGAGAGUUAACCACCUCCAUAAACAAUCGGACAACUCAGUUGAACUGCAUACCUACACAACUCAUUAGUAUUUCAUCUCUUGGAUUCCUCAAUUUGUCUCACAACUCCUUGGCUGGUGCCUUACCAGCUGAAGCAGGAAACCUGACAAAUCUUCUUGCAGUUGACGUCUCAUACAACCAAUUGUCUGGUGAGAUUCCAAGCAAGCUAGGGCUUUGUUUGUGCUUGUUACUACUUGGUAUGCAAGGCAACUUCUUCCAAGGAACCAUUCCUAAUCUGGAUCAGACAGGUUCACAUGACUUGGAUCUUUCCAGCAACUACUUGUACGGACAGAUUCCUCCGUAUCUUGCUAAUUUUUCCUCUUUGCUAUAUCUGAAUCUAUCAUACAACCGUCUAGAGGGUGAGGUACCCAUAGGAGGAGUGUUCAAAAAUGCAAGUGCUGUUGAAAUUGUUGGAAUCAAUAACCUUUGUGGGGGGAUCCAAGAGCUGCAUUUGCACCCAUGUCAUGGACCCAAGCCUGCGAAAAAAAGGAAACAUGUUGGUCUCAACUUGAUUCUCGUUAUUGUCAUUGUCUCUUCUUGUUUAGCUCUAUUGUUACCGUUACUUUUACUGUUCUCAAGAGGAAAGUUGAAAAAGAAACUUUAUUCCACACCUUCAUUUGGCAUCUUCUACCAAACGAUUACUUAUAAAGGGCUACUUGAUUCGACUGGUGGAUUCUCUUCAGGCAAUAUAGUUGGCUUAGGUAAUUUUGGUGCUGUGUAUAAAGGAACUCUUGGACCAGGUGCAACAACUGUUGCUGUUAAGGUACUCAACCUACAGCAAGAAGGAGCUUCCAAAAGCUUUAUGGCUGAAUGUCAAGCGCUAAGAAAUAUUCGGCAUCAGAACCUUGUGAGGAUCCUAACAGCUUGCUCAAGUACUGAUUUUGAGGGAAAGGAUUUCAAAGCUUUAGUCUACCAGUUUAUGCCCAAUGGCAGCUUGGAGAAGUGGCUACAUCCAGAAUUUGGACAAACACAACGGAGAGUUCACUGUUAUCUCAAGCCAAGCAAUGUUCUUCUUGACAAUGAUCUGACUGCUCAUGUAAGUGAUUUUGGUUUGGCAAGGUUCCUUUCAAAGUUCAACAAGGGAGCUAGUUUGAACCAGUUCAGCUCACUUGGGAUCAAAGGAACCAUUGGGUAUACUGCUCCUGAGUUUGGCGUGGGUGGGGAGGUAUCGACUCCAGGGGAUGUGUAUAGCUUUGGUAUUCUCUUGCUGGAGAUGUUCACCGGAAGAAGCCCAGUUGACGAACGAUUCAAAGAUAGCUUCAACCUUCACAACUUUGUCAAACAGUCAUUGUCAGAUCAGGUAAUGGAGAUCGUAGCUCAAUCUUCUCUGAAUGAAGAAGUGGGACAAGAUUCAACAGAUAUAGUUGAAUGCGGGAGUGACUCAAAAAGUGAACAAAAAGAAUGCUUGAUUUCUGUUUUUCAAAUUGGACUUCGUGUUCAGCAAAAUCUUCACAUGAUAGGUUGGACAUGAGGCAUGUUUUGAGGGAACUACUUAAAAUCAGAGAAAAAUUUCUAGGAG